AUGUCAACAGCAACAUGUCAAUGUAGUUCAAUAGAUUAUUGGAAUAAUUCAUACUGUGUUGCUCUACUGUAUCCAGGUCAAACAUGUACAUCAUCAUCUCAAUGUAUUAAUGCUUCUUCAUGUAUAUCAUCUAUAUGUCAAUGUAAUACAAAUUAUUAUUAUUCAACAUUAACAGGACAAUGUACAUAUCAGUUAAGUUAUUCAUCAACAUGUACUCUAGGAAACUAUCAAUGCCUAAAUAAUACGUUAUGUUAUGAUUUAAGAACAUCUCCAACAGGUACAUGCGCAUGUGAUUCAACCUAUUAUUAUUAUGAUGGUACAAGUUGUACUGCUUAUGCCACAUAUGGUGCAACAUGUGCUGCUGCAACGUAUGGACCUAUUUGUGAUUCAGUAGCACGUUCACUUCAGUGUAUAGGUUCACAGUGUAGUUGUUCAUCAACAACUUAUUAUAAUUCUUCCAGCUGUGUUUCAUACACACAUGUUGGAUUUUCUUGUACCACAUCAUCUCAAUGUGUAACAAAUUCUAAUUGUUCAUCUGGAAUAUGUACUUGUUUGAGUACCUAUUAUUUCGAUACAACGACAGGUAAUUGUGUUACUCUAUUAACUUAUGGGCAAGCAUGCACAUCAUCAGUUCAGUGUCCAACAAAUAUGUUAUGUACUUCAUCUCAAUGUUUAUGUACAUCCACGACUUAUUACAGUAGUCCCAAUUGUGUAUCUCGUAUUUCAUAUGGUGGCACAUGUAGUUUAACAAUUCUUUGUGAUACAACACUUGGUCUCGUAUGCACAUCAUCUGUAUGUCAAUGUAAUAGCACACAGUAUUGGUCAACAUUGUCAAAUGGUAUGCAAAUAUGUGCUAAUUUACGUACGCUUGGCCAAUCGUGUACAGCUAGUACAGAUUGUACAAACUCAGCAACAUCAGUAACAUGUAAAUCGAGUAUUUGUGAAUGUGAUUCAAAUGCAUACUAUCUUGACCAAGCAACCGUAACAUGUCAACCUCUCGAAGCUCUUGGUGUUGCAUGUACGCCAACAUAUAAUUUCGAAUGUGCUAGUUUUAAUUGUAAUGCUUCCAAUGUAUGUGGCACUGCAAUUUCAUCGACUAUUAAAAGUAAUGUUUCACAAGCAUCAUCAGAACCUUGUUUGAGACGACCUCAUAACACGAUGUUUUUACGGAUGAUUGGGAUUUAUUUAUUUUUCUUUGAAUUAUAA